AUGAUAGAACGACUCAAAGGAUGGACACCGCCUCUGUGUCAGAAAUUGUUCACCGAGAAGGAGCUCAUCGAGUUGUGCUAUCGAGCAAGAGAGAACUUUUGGAAGAGCAAUGUCAAGUUGGAGCUCUGCGCCCCGGUGAAAAUCUGCGGUGACAUUCACGGACAAUACGAGGACCUUCUGGCACUUCUCGAGCUGAACGGCUGGCCACCAGAGACCAAAUAUCUCUUCUUGGGCGACUACGUCGAUCGUGGACCGUUCUCGAUCGAAUGCAUCUCAAUUCUGUUCGCCUAUCAAAUUCUCUAUCCGGAUAAGGUGUUCUUGUUGCGUGGAAAUCAUGAGAGUCGUCCCGUCAACAUGCAAUACGGAUUCUUUUUGGAGUGUCGUAAACGCUACUCGAAUGCGUUGUACGACGCCUUCCAAUUGGCGUUCUAUUGUAUGCCGUUGUGUGCUGUCGUUAGUGAUAAGAUCAUUUGUAUGCAUGGCGGCAUUUCAGAGGAUUUGGUCGAUUUGAAACAACUCGAAAAAGUGGAACGUCCAUGCGAUAUUCCCGACAUUGGUGUCAUUGCCGAUUUGACGUGGGCCGAUCCGGAUCCGAAUGUUCAAAUGUACGCCGAGUCGCUACGCGGUGCUGGUCGUAUCUUCGGUGCGGAAGCUGUCAAGAAGUUUCUCAAACUUCACAAUCUCGAGCUCAUUGUUCGUGCUCAUCAAGUCGUCAACGAUGGCUACGAGUUUUUUGCCGACCGUCAGCUCGUCACCGUCUUCUCCGCCCCAUUUUACUGUGGACAGAUGGAUAAUGCGGCGGCGGUGAUGACUGUCGAUGAGGAGUUGAGUUGCUCAUUCACUAUAAUGCGUCCAGAUCUCAAGAAGGAUAAGAAGGCGUCGCCGGCCACUUAA